AUGAUCCCAACGAGCAAGAAAGUAACUGCGAAUGUUUUGCGACAAGCUUCGACCUCAAUUGCGAGGAAGUCUACAUUAGCUACCUUGGUCACUGAACCGACGCGGGGCACCACAAACGUCAUUGGACGAGUGCGUCUCAAUCAGCACAACUAUGCUGCACCCAGAGCCGUAAACCAAGAUAGAGUUGGGACUAGCCGUAAUUUCGCGUCUGUUCAGCCUCAGUGUAGCAUAAAAAAGCCGGGGGCAGCGAAGCCUUUAUUCAACAAGAUUUUGAUUGCUAAUCGGGGAGAGAUAGCAUGUCGAGUUAUCCGAACUGCACGGAAGCUUGGAGUGAAAACUGUGGCUGCAUACAGUGAGGUCGAUCGAGAUGCCUUGCAUGUAAAGAUGGCCGAUGAGGCCUACUGCAUUGGGCCUGCGCCUUCGUCAGAAAGCUACCUGCGGAUGGACAAGAUUAUUGAUGUUGCAAAGCGUAGUGGAGCUCAAGCGAUUCACCCAGGAUAUGGAUUUCUGUCCGAAAACGCCAUUUUCGCUCAACAGCUUGCGGAUGCUGGAUUGACCUUCAUCGGGCCUCCCGCCUCGGCGAUAAUUUCAAUGGCGUCCAAGUCUGAAUCGAAGGAUAUCAUGACACGAGCGGGAGUUCCCUGUGUGCCCGGUUAUCAUGGAUCGGAUCAGGCUCCAGCCAAACUUCUUUCAGAGGCUAAGAGUAUAGGCUUCCCUGUCCUUAUCAAGGCCGUUCUUGGAGGUGGAGGAAAGGGUAUGAAGAUCGCGUACUCGGCUUCCGAGUUCGAAGAGGCUCUUGUAUCGGCUCAACGCGAAGCCGCCAAAUCAUUUGGCGAUUCCAGGGUUUUGGUCGAAAAGUACAUUGAACGACCCCGCCAUGUAGAAGUACAAGUUUUCGGCGACACUAAAGGUGAUGUCGUGAGUCUUUGGGAGCGUGACUGCUCCGUACAGAGAAGGCACCAAAAGAUCAUCGAAGAAGCACCUGCACCUGGUCUCAGCGAAGAUGUGCGUCGCGACUUGGGUGAAAAGGCUGUUGCUGCGGCAAAGGCCGUUGGAUACGUCGGCGCGGGCACUGUCGAGUUCAUCUUUGAUAAUGAUACUCAGCAGUUUUACUUUAUGGAGAUGAACACGCGGUUGCAGGUAGAGCACCCGAUUACUGAAAUGAUCACUAAACAAGAUUUGGUCCAAUGGCAACUUGAGGUCGCUUCAGGGAACCCACUUCCCCUCAAGCAGCACGAAAUCCCUCAGGUUGGGCAUGCCUUUGAAGCACGCAUAUAUGCGGAGAAUCCACGAAACAACUUCAUGCCAGAUGUUGGUCCCCUCCUCCAUUUGACCACACCUGCCCCAUCAGAGUCCGUGCGUCUUGAAGACGGUUUCGAGGCUGGUUCGCACAUUGAGGUUUUCUACGACCCAUUGAUUGCCAAACUGGUCGUACACGGUCGCGAUCGCACCGAAGCUUUACGUGUGCUGCGCAAAGCAUUAGAAGAAUACCAUGUUGUCGGAUUGAGCACCAACAUCGAGUUUUUGCAUACACUUGCCAGCCACAGUGCGUUUGUUCGGGCAGAAGUUGAGACCGGGUUUAUCAAAAAAUACCACGACGAAUUGUUCCCGCCUAUAGCAGAGCCAGUGCCUGACUUACUCGCACAAGCAGCGCUAUUUGUCGUAUUGCGGGACCAGCCCACCGUUUCAGAAGCUGCUGCGUCCCCUUGGACCACUCUUUCCUCUCGUCGUUUUGGUGGAGACCUUCAUCAGCGACGAAUCACAUUCCAACACGAAAGUCUUGGUGAAGCACCCCUGGAGGCUAUCGUCUCCUCUGUCGCCCCAGGCAACUUCAAAGUCCAGAUUAUAACACCCACUACGACUCGGACGUUUGAAAAUGUUUCUGCGCGGAUUGCAGCCAGUAGCUCGACUCGCUUAGAAUGCACUCUUGACAAUGCAUUGCGACGUACUACGAUUGUCCCCCAAGCCCCACCUGGGAUUGGACUGAAUGCUGCCGCGGAGCGUCUGCAUAUCUUCCAUGGAGGCGUGAAAACAGUGCUUAGUAUUCCUCCGCCCAAAUGGCUGCUAUCGCUCGGUAAUGAUCUUGCAAAGAGCGUUGGAGGAGGUUCGAUUCGGGCGCCCAUGCCUAGCGUCGUGGUGGAAGUCAAAGUUCAAGUAGGAGAUUCUGUGAAGAAGGGUGACGCCGUAGUUAUAUUGGAGAGUAUGAAGACAGAGACUGUAUUGCGUGCUUCUGUCGAUGGGACAGUGCAGAACGUUGGCUGCACAGCCGGAGAGAUGGUCGAAGAAGGUCGGGAAUUGGUUGGAAUUCAAGCAGAAGUGGUCGAGUGA